GGGAGCGCGGGAAAUCCCGGGUGCGUCUGGAAUUUCGCAGGUGUCGAGGACCAUGGCCACCUCUUCGGUGUCCAAGAUUAGGUCCCAAAGAGCAAAAUCAAAGAUGAGCUUCCCAUGGGAAGGAGGAGAAAGAAGUGGGUUGCUUUGUGUUUAAGCCAGACUUCAAGAAGAGAAAGAUCUCUGUGCCAAUAGAGGACUAUUUUAAUAAAGGGAAAAAUGAGUCUGAGGACAGUAAGCUUCGCUUUGAAACUUACCAGUUGAUAUGGCAGCAGAUGAAAUCUGAAACUGAGCGACUACAAGAGGAAUUAAAUAAGAACCUGUUUGACAGUCUAAUUGAAUUUCUUCAGAAGUCUCAUUCUGGGUUCCAGAAGAAUUCAAGAGACUGGGGCUGUCAAAUAAAACUCAGAGAAAUUCCAACUGCUGCUCUUGUUCUAGGUGUGAAUGUAACAGAUCAUGAUUUAACAUUCAGAAGUCUAACAGAAGUCCUUCAGAAUAAUGUUACUCCAUACGUAGUUUCAUUGCAAGCUAAAGAUUGCCCAGAUAUGAAACAUUUUUUGCAAAAGCUGGCCUCACAGUUGAUGGACUGCAAUGUAGACGUGCAAUCCAAAGAGAAAGAAAGUGUUCAGGUCACCCAGAAAAAGAUACAUUAUUCAAUGGAUUCUCUUUCCACUUGGUAUAUGAGUGUCACACAGAAGACUGACGUAAAAAUGCCAAGAAAAAAGAGGACUCCUCUUAGCCAAUGGCAGUCUCCUCCUGUUGUGCUUAUCUUAAAGGAUAUGGAAAGCUUCACCACAAAAGUACUCCAAGACUUUAUAAUUAUCAGCAGUCAGCAUCUACAUGAAUUUCCACUAAUACUCAUUUUUGGGAUCGCCACGUCUCCUGUUGUCGUCCAUCGGAUGCUUCCUCAUGCAGUAUCAUCUCUAUUGUGUAUAGAACUAUUCCAGUCUUUGUCUUGCAAGGAGCACCUGACUACAGUACUUGAUAAGCUACUUCUUACAACUCAAUUUCCGUUUAAACUAAGUGAAAAAGUGUUGCAGGUUCUGACCAACAUCUUUUUGUAUCAUGAUUUCUCAAUCCAAAACUUUAUAAAAGGACUUCAGCUUUCUCUAUUAGAACAUUUCUAUUCCCAGCCCCUCAGUGUUCUGUGCUGUAAUCUCCCAGAAGCCAAGAGAAGAAUAAAUUUUUUAUCAGAUAAUCAAUGUGAAAACAUCCGACGUCUUCCAUCGUUUAGGAGGUACGUGGAAAAGCAAGCUUCAGAAAAGCAAGUUGCACUGUUGACCAAUGAGAGAUUUUUGAAGGAGGAAACACAGUCAUUACUAGAAAACCUGCAUGUUUACCAUACAAAUUACUUCCUGGUUUUGAGAUGUCUUCAUCAGUUCACCUCUUCUCUUCCCAAGUACCCACUGGGUCGACAGAUCAGAGAGCUGUACUGCACGUGUUUAGAAAAGAACAUACGGGAUUCAGAGGAGUAUGCAUCGGCUUUGCAGCUGCUGAGGAUGUUGGCAAAGGAUGAACUGAUGGCCAUGCUUCAGAAAUGUUUCAAGGUUUUUAAGUCCUCUUCUGAAAAGCAGCUUGGCAACACAGCAAAGAGAAUAGAGGAGUUCCUGGCCCAGUUUCAGAGCCUCGAUGCAGAAGCCAAAGAAGAAGAAGAAGAUACUUCUGAGUCACAGUCAAAGGGACUUCAGAAGACAGACCUCUAUCAUCUUCAGAAGUCAUUAUUGGAAAUGAAGGAGUUAAGAAGAGCAAGUAAGAGGCAGACCAAGUUUGAAGUCCUCAGAGAACAGCUUGUGAGCUUCAUCGACAGUCUGGCGCGAGAAUACCUCCUGCUUCCAGAGACACAGCCUCUGCAUGAGGUGCUGUACUUCAGUGCUGCCCACACCCUUCGCCAGCACCUGAACGCUGCCCCGCGGAUCGCCCUCCAUACCGCACUCAACAACCCGUAUUAUUACCUCAAGAAUGAAGCACUGAGAAGUGAAGAAGGUUGUAUUCCAAAUGUCGCCCCAGACAUCUGCAUAGCAUAUAAACUGCACCUGGAGUGCAGCAGGCUAAUCAACCUUGUGGACUGGUCGGAGGCCUUUGCAACAGUUGUGACAGCUGCUGAAAAAAUGGAUGCAAAUUCUGUAACCUCAGAAGAAAGGAAUGAAAUUAUCCAUGCUCGGUUUAUUAGAGCUGUUUCUGAACUAGAACUUUUAGGAUUUAUAAAACCUACCAAACAGAAGACUGACCAUGUGGCAAGGCUAACAUGGGGAGGCUGCUAGAAAGCAAAUGAGUGAAGCCAGAAAGAUAGCAUUUAGCUUAAGAGUAAAAGGAGACCAAUCAUAUUUACACACCGGUAGAGGAAGAUUGCUUGAGAAGAAGCAUAAUGUGUAAUCCCUGUGUGAUGUUUAAACAGAAAAGUAGACUGUUAAUCCCUAUCAGGAAUGUAUCAAAGCACCUUUGGAGUACUUUAGAAUCCAACAAGUAACAUGCUAACAUUGCAAGUAGAACCUCUCUCAGAGUAUCACUGCAAUUUUCAUUCAUUAAGAAAUUAUGAAUUAAUUGUUCUUGAACAUACAUAAUGUAUAAAUGUAAUAAAUUCCUUUGUCUAGGGGUUUCUGUUAAUAUGCAUUUAAUUUAAUAGUACUUAUUCCUGCUCCCCCAGUUUCUUGCACUGGCAUUCCUCACUUUAGUAAAUUAUGUAAUAAGAUGAAGAUUCUAGAGGUUUCUCCUAGUAACUACAGAGGUUCUAAAACUUCCUCUGCUGCCCCAUUUCCUUUAGUCAUACAACUUAAAAAGCCCCAAGUUGUUUGGCUUUAUGCUUAAAGGCAGUAAAUAUUCUACAUCAGGAAGACCCAUCAUGGAGUCUUAGAGCCUCUAAGGCCUUUACAAAUCACAUCAACCUUUUAAGACACAGAUGAAAUGACAUCUGAAUCUCUUCCAUGACAAGAACUCAUUAAGACAAUGAAACAAGGAGACCUCAAGUUCAUUAUUUAAUAUUCUAUUUCCAAGAGAAUUCUGGGAUGUGUCUUUAAGUAUACUCACUAACAUACCAAAAUUACCAUGCAAAUAUGACCAGGAGAAAAAAAGUCCAAAUUCAGUGAAGACUGUUUUAGUUGCAAACCUUAGAACUGUGUACUUGCAGGUCUUUUUGUGUGUGUUUGCUUUGAGAACAAAUUUAAUGUAUAACUAAUUGUUUUUAAAUUUAAUAGAAACUUAAUAUAUAACUUAAACUUCAUUAAUUCUGGAGUGUGAAGGAGGUAUUAUGAGUAUAAAGGGCAUCUUAGCCCUCUGGCAACAGGGUGGGCCAAGAUGACAUUAAUGGAUAAAUGCUCCCUUCCCCACUUCCUGCUCCAAAAACUAAAAGUGCUAGAUGAAAUAUACUCCAAAACAAAUCAUCAGAAUGUUGCCAGGGUUAAAAAGAAAGGUAAAUCCCAAGGUACCAGAAAUAAUUACAAGCCAGAGCAGAAAGUGUCUAGCCCUACAAAGCUUUGAGACAGUUACCAGAGUAGCAUUAGUUCAGAUAGAUUGUCUUACUGUCUUCAUCUAAAAGAUGCCAGGAUUUCUUACUCAGUAGAAUUUAAAAACAUGUACAUAUGCACAAAGGGCUGUCAACUUGGAAAGUAAGGAAUUUAUGAUAUGUAAACAUAAACACCACCACCAAUAAGGAAGAAACUGGACAAAUAAGAGGCUUUUGACACCUUGGAAUCCAUGUGUUAGAGGCAGAGCCUCUGUCACCUAGGGGUCCCUGCAUGAGGGCAUGGAGCAGAGCCUCUGCCAAUGCUCAUGAUCAGAGCAGAGAAUAGAUUUCUACUGUGUGAAGUUUUCCACGAUUUAUCUUAACAGCAACUAGGUCACUAUUUUUUCUCAAUAUUCUCUAGCCAUUCCCCUCCAAUCAGAGGUGUCCUCAAUCAUGUGUUUCAUUUUUGACUAUGGUUGGUAAAAUCUAGGGAAAGAACGUGUGAAUGGUUUUAAGGAUUUUCCACCUAUCGUCUAAGUGAGGCAAUCAGCAAUACUCCAUGUCUGAUUAACGUGAAGACACCAUCAAUAUCUACAACGCAGUUUCCUCAGCUUUCAAAUGGUGCAGAUGAGUGUCAGAUAAAAUUGUGUUUAGAAACCAUUCCUUUUGACAAAAUGCUUACACUGUAAGGUACAGAGCCUCACACAGACCAGCAGAUUUAUGUCAGUCUGAGGCACUUGAGGGCUCUUGAGCCCUGCUUCCUUUCUUUUUUGCUAGGCAUUUAGUUGAAUUCAGCCUAUCUAAAUGCAUGUCAGGCACUGAACCACUUCAAUUUUUCUUACUGUCUACUUAAGGAUUAGGUAAGAGUAGCAGGAUGGAAACUGUUUUGUAAAUAUUCAGUCGAAGCUGUAAAAUUGAAACAUGAAGCUCAUUUGUGGUAGCCAUUAAUGGAGCACAAAACCCUCAAGCCAGCCUAUAAAGUGUCAGCUUAAUUAUGUCCAUUCCUUAAUACUGUAAAACCUCACAAAUGGGAUAUUAUGAUGCGCUAAAUCUUGUGGUUAAUGAAAUACUAAUCUGAAAAGUUUGAAAAUUUCAAACUGUUGAAGUAGUUUGAAAUUUUUUCACAAAAUAUUGAGCAUGUACCAUGUGCCAGGCACUGUUGCAGGCCCUUGUGAUACUUCAGUGAGCACAGAUCUUUGCCCUCAUUGCAUUCUAGCAAAGAGUACAAUGAUUAAUUAUAUAGUAUAUUACAGAAAAAAACGAAACAAACAGCAAAAAGAAGCAGGAUGUCAUGCUGCAAUUUUAAACAGUGGUCAGAACAGGCCUGAGAUGACGUUUGAACAAAAAGAUUUAGUCAUGAAGUUUUAUGGAAGAAGUGCAUUGUACACAGCGAACAGCCAACAACAAAGGUCCUAAGGGCAGUACGCAAGCUGCACUGGAGGAACAGCAAAGGUGGCCAGUGUGGGACACGCAGUGAGCAAGAGGUAAACUUCAAACUGAGUGAGGCGGGGUGGAGGGCAGGUAAGUUAUGGCCCUGCAGACCAUUGUAAAGUCCUUACCGUCUAUAGGUGGGAAUCCAUCUAAGAAAGACUUAGACCUUUAAGGGAUCACUGACUGCUAUGAGAACAGACUGGAAUAGGUUUGGAGACACAAAUAAGGCAAAACAAAGACCAACUUGGAGGUCACUGAAAUCAUCCAAGCAAGACACAAAUGUCUUCAACAAGAGUAAUAGUAGAGAUGGUGAGCUUUUAGAUGGAUCCAAGAUCGGAUGAAGGAUGUGAGGAAUUCAGGGCUGUUUUUUGGCUGAGAAACUUCUGAAUGUUGAUGACAUUAGCUGAGGAGAAUUUAAGAGGCAAAAAAAGGAGUUUGGUUUUGGACGGGUCUUCAGACCUCUUAUUAGAUAUCCAAGUGGAAAGGUCACAUAGGGAGGCGAAUGUAACCAUCUUUAGGAUUAGAUGAGAUUACCAAAGUGAGUAUGAGCAGAGGGGGCAAGGAGCCCAAGGUCAAACUCUGGUUAUGUUUUAAAGUUCAGAGAAAGGAAGACUGGGCCAGCAGCCAGUAAUGGGAGGAGAAUCAGGUAGGUGCGGUUAGUACCUUGCAAGCCAACUGAACAAAGUGUUUUAAGGUCAAAUGUCAAUUAGAUUUAGCAAUGUGGAAUAUAUUGGUGACUGCGUGGUUGAAUAGUGAACACUAAGCCUGGUAGCCAUCACCUACCAGAUGACCUAACAAGUGUCUAAACUUAUCACUAGUCCAUACUUAUCACACAGAGCCAUACUUUGUGUGAUACACUGCGGAGAUCAUAGCAUCAUCUUAUACAAAAGGUUUAACCUGAAACUAAUAAAUGCUUUAGACCUAACUUCCAGUUUACAGUAAGUGCAAAGGGAUAGAAGAGAUUAAAUUAAUGACAUUAAUUAAUGACAAAGAAACAUUCAACAAAACAGGCCUAGUUGUUCCAGAAAGUCAGAAUCUUGAUUGAAUCCUACUUUAGCGAGAAAGCUACAAAAGACAUUUUGAGGACAAAUGGGAAUAUCUGAAUAUGGACUAGAUGUUAAAUUAGGGAAGCAUUACUUUAAGUGGGAUAAUGUUAUUGAAGUUAUGUAGGAGAACCCCCUUGUUCUUAGAUGCAUCAUGUAUGCGUUCUUUGAAGCAGUUAAAAAUAUACAUAUAAAGCAAAUAUGGCAAAGUAACUGUUCCCUUUAAGUGGAUCGUUGGACCAAUCUUUCAGCUUUUAUGUUUUGACUUUUUUCCUAAUAAAAAAAUUUGGUGACAAUAAAAUAUACCCAACUGAAAAAAAAAUUUGGUGACAAAAGGAGCGGGGAGGGGGAAGAAGAUUGGAAAAUUUAGAAAAUCCUUGAGUUCUGCUUCAAAGGUUAUAGAACAGAAAAAUAGGUAAUAGCUAGAGAGAGAUUACAGGAUCAAAAGACUUUUAAUAGCAUGUUUAUUAUGCUUAUGGGAAUGAUCUAGUAGACAGAAAGGAAACGGAGGCAGGAGAGCACUGCUGGCCCUGUCUUUGAAUGAGCUAAUGAAUGCUCCUCAGCUAGGGCAGAGGCAGGAGCAGAGAACUGGAGCCCCACCAGUGAGCAGACAAGGACAGGCUCAUGAGGUGCGUGAGCAGGAUAUUCACUUAUUAACACCGAUUACUGUGUAAUUGUGAAGUAAGGGAGUAAAGAGAACCCUAACAAGGCAACUAUUGUAUAUUCACUGCCAACCCUAGCUGCUUGGAUCAGCUGGGGAGCAUAUUUAAACAGAUUCCAGCUCUUCCCUCCCCACUUCUUUAGUCUUCUAAAGCAGUCUCUGUGGGUAGAACCUGGGAAAGCGCUCCAGUUAAUACUGCUCAUGCAAUCAGUGUCUCAUUUGGAAACCAUUUUCUGUAGAGAUAUAAGGUCUUGCCAUAGGCCAAAGAUAGCUUUGAUAUUUUAAACCUACAAUCUAUUUUUUUCAGAUUGCCUGUGCCUAUUUUUCCUAAUACAAAGAACUAUACCUGGUGAUGUGUCUUGUUAAUAGCGACUUACUGAACACAUUACAGUAACCUGAGUACAGCACCACACCAGCACUGGCUUUUACUGUAAAAGGAUAAGAUGACUGUUUGUGAGCACACUAAAUUCUGAAGAUACUUACUUACUAGAAGCAGUUUUAGGGCUCUUUGGGAACUCAAAGUGUGGCUGGUUAUUUGCACUAAUGACCACCUACUGGGUCUGUCUAAAUCUUGGAUUAACUACAUCCAAGAAGUUGCCCACAUUUUUUAUUUUCUGAAAUUACCUCACACACUACUUAAAAUCAGUACGCAGCCUAUGAGCUAGGACUUUUUGCUAAGGUGGACAGCAGAAACUUGGCUGUGGAGGAAAUUUUGUUCUUGAUCAAAGCUGAAUCUAGAAUUAAAACAUAUUACUUGUGGCUCCAUUCAGAUUGCCAGCACCGAUUUCCUUUUAGCAUAUCUUGCCCGGUAAAUAUAAAAACCAGCUCUUUUAUAAAUUUAAAUCUACAUAAAAAUUCACACAUGCUUAUUAUAUAAAAGAAUGUUCGCUAUUUUGGGGUGUGAGAAGGGAUAAAGCAUAUUUACAGUCGCUCUGCCCCCCUCCUCCACAUUUAACUUACUGCUUGCAUUCUAAAAUGCUGUCCCACUGCACCAGCAGUUCUCGGCUGGGGACUGUUUUCUUCCCCCAGCCCGGACAUCUGUCAGUAUCUGGAGGCACCUUUUUUGGUUGUCACGACGGGGGGAGGGUGCUACUGGCAUCUAGUGGUUGAGGCCAGAGAUGCUGCUGAACCUCCUACAACGCACAAGAUAGUCUCCCCACAACAAAGAAUGAAUCUGGCCCAAAUUGUCAACAGUGCUGAGGCUGAGAAUUAGUCCAUUAAAAUCAGGUAGAAUUAUCCACCCUACUUAAGGUCAGCCUGCACUAUAUACCAUUGUUUCUCAGGCACUUAAAUGGGCAUAUGAAUUACCUGGGGAUCUUGUGAAAGCCCUAUACCCCUUUUGGCCUUGUUUUAAAGAAAGAAUUGGUGAAAUAUAAUCAUUAAAGUUAAAAAGGAGGAAAAAAAAAUUCUUUUUGUAUCUUCCACUAAUUAGGUCAAUUAUAAAUAUUUAUGUCCCAGUAUAUUUAUGACUUAAUUAGUAGAAACAUGCUAAUAGAAUUUAACAAAAGAAUUCACUGAAGUAUUUUUCCUCACUUCAUCAUAGGAAAGCUGUGUUUGGAAAGCAUGUAUAGAAAGGGAAUUAGAUGUGCUGAAUCAUGCUUUCAUAUAGUGUCCUUUAAAAAAGGUAAAAAUUCUAGUUGUUAAAACUGACCUAUUAUUUAACCUAUCAUGCAGUCAGUUAGAAGAGAAACCAUUUGGAGUCAGAACUCAGUUUGUGAAAAUAGCACUCAAAUCUUAGAUUACUUGGUAUGUGAAAAGACUGAUUUUGAAAUCUUAUCAAUUAACUUCACUGAUCCCUGGACAAUGCUUACGUUUAAAACACUGGCUUUAUUCAAAUACUACCCAUCUGUACAUUAAAAACAAGCAGAUUAGAAGUAAAUGUUUUAUUCUUCCAACUAAAUUCCAGUACUACAAGGGCAGUAAAACAAUGAUACACUGGGGAAAAAAUGCAGCAAUAAACAUUUGUUAAAAAGACUGAUAGAAUAAAUAAAAACUACCAAAAAAGGGUGGGGGUAAAUCAUAUAAACCCAUUCUGAAACCCCAAGAAGUCCUGGAGUACAGAAAUGCCCUCCUCCUUCGCUAUUUCACAGGAAGCACUGAAGGCUAUUUGCUUAAUAAUGUCCUGGGAUUACACUCUACAUUAUUAAUAACUGGUUACAGCUUGGUUGUAGUGCACAAUUAAAAUCACACUAACUUCAUCUGAAUUGUCAUUCUACAGUUUUAUUUACACAACCAGUGAAGGGCAUGUUCUUAGAAUACCAGCUUUAAUCCUUUCCAAACAUUAAUAUAAGAAGCCAAAUUGUAAUGAUACAGCAAAUGAGGCCACUGGCAUUAAUACAGGUAGCAAAGGUCCACAUCCGGGUGGUACUGACAUCAAGGAAAUUUCCAAAACCGGUUGCUGCCUAGGAGUGGUUGCCACUGACGAAAGCUUGAAACAACCUGUAUUCACAGGGGGUAUUGGCAUUGCUGCAUGUUGUAACUGGGACCUCUUGCAACAACGCAACAAGGAACAAGGCAGCCCACAAAUGCAGAAAACAUGAUUCAUGAAACAUCUAAAGGGAGAAAAAAGGAAAAUUAGGGCUAAGUUUAGGUCAAAAUUUAAACACAUGCCAAAUCUUCAUCCCUAAUAUUUUGCCCCUAGGUAUUUAAGUAACCAAAAGUAAGCCUUAGUAAAGUUUUGCUGCCUGUUUCCCUCCAAACUUUUUCUCCAUGAUUUUGUUAAAUUCUCUUCUUGGGUAUGAAGAUAAUUAUAAUAAACUAUAAUUAUAACAAAAGUCUUCUCCGUAAAAGACUGUCUUGUUUUUGGUUUAAAGAUGAAAUACUUACAACUAGCAGGCUGUUCUCCAUAUCGUCGCAUUAUUUGAUCAUGCGUGAACUUCACAAAUGCAUCAUAUUGUUCUAUAAAUAAAGAUAAACAUCAAUUACAUGAUUUGCAAAAAUGCCCUCUUCUCUAAUAUAUUAGAGCCACACAAACUGCAAAGUCCAAUAUAUAUAGUGAGACAAUUCUAAGCUGGCACUUAAUCAGACACAAAACCUCAGUAAUAAUAGUUUAUCAGAUGGAAAGAGCAUGGAGCUUAGUCAGGAAACCUACAUUUGUUCAAAUCACACAACCUCAUUCAUGUAUAGGCUGGGUGGGGCUUAUUUCUUAACCUAUUAAAUUUAAAGGGCUUGAAAUAACAAGAUAUCUUUCUCCUCUGAAAGUUAUUAUAAGUGGUCUAUGAAUGGCAACUUACUGCAAUGAGGGGAAACACGACAACAAAAGCGUAGCAAAAUAUAUGAUACAUCCAUACAUCCAAAAUAUGAUACAUCCACCUGUAACCUAAUCAGGUGCCACAGAAAAAGAUGUUAUAAAACUAAGCAAAUUCUCUCACCUGUGUUAGCAUCGUGAUUGAUUUAACUCCUUAAUCAAGAAGUUUACAAUAUCAAUAUCCAGUAAAAAUCUGGCUUAAAAAUCCAGGGGGAAAUUCUGAUUAAGUUACCAUACAUAAUAUAUUUACUACAUUUAAAUUACUAAAUUUUAUGGGAAAAAAUUUUUUUUGGAUAAUUUAAAGAAGACUGCAGCAGCUUGAUACUCUAAAAUUAGGUACACAGUGCCAGUUAGAUUACUUCAAGUGUCCAGAACUGAUGGCAAAAUUAUAAAAGAUACAAAGUCAAAAAACCCACAACCAAAUUGAGCUAAGUAAACAGCCAAAGCACAGGGUAUACCAAAAGAAAACUCUAGUUCCCUAAUACUGCUGCUGGUCUACAUGGCUAACAUACUAUUUCUUAAGGUCACUAAGGAGGACCACGAGCUAUAGGAAAGUUCAUUUCCUUUCUUGAAUUGAAAUUCUCUGGUUCUUAGAAAAUACCCUGUACCAGUGUAUAGAAAGGGUAAUUUAACUGAUGUGAAGUGUAUGUGGGAAAGAAUGCAUUUCUUAGGAUGAGUUUCUGGGAGACUCUAAAACUCAUCUCAUACCUGCAAGUUUUGUGUUCAAUAUUUCUUCAUACUCUUCUCGAACUUUCUCUUCACGCUCUUUCAAUAAACGUUCACAGAUCAUCCCAACCUGCCGUAGAGUGAAUAAGGGCUGCUCUUUUUUUAAUGGUGAGGAGGCUGCUGAUGGAGUCCCUAUGUACAACAUGAACAACAACAAAAACCGCACCAGAUUUAGAGCCAUCACAGAAAGCAUCAUCUAACUGAGGAGGUUUCACUUGGAUGUUUUCAAUGCUUAUAUAUCAAUAAAAGCAUUUUUCUAUCAGCUUUUAGCACAGCAUCUCCCUAGUCUUAAAACAGGUUUAAUCCUAUCAGCUUAUGGCUUUAGAAGAACACAGCAAGAUGUAUGCCAUCAAAUAUAAGGGGGAAAAGGUGUGAAGGUGAGUGGAGACAAUGUGACAAGAUACAAACUUAAUUUUUUGUUUUUAAAUUAAUGAUAUCAGCUAGGAGAGACUUUAUAAAAAGAAAUACUGAGAAUAUAUCCCUAAUAUUCAACAUUAAAUUUCACGGUUCAGCAUCCUUAAAGAUUAUAAUGUAGCAGCCACUUAGUAGCAGUUUCUUCAGAAUGCAUUCCUCUUAAAAGUAUUACUUAAGGCACUCUGAUUUUCCAAAAACAUUCCUCUUUUCUUGAAAAGAACAUCUGAAAUUAAUCUUUGCGAACUCAGGAUUAUGAUAGUCAUCCACGGUAACACUGCUGCAAGUAUUCUAGACACACACAAAUACACACUUUUGCUAUCAAUUGUUUGUCCUGUUUAUCUGCCCCAAUUCCUCUUUUCACUUGCUCCUUGUAACUUGCAUGACUGGGACCACUAUGUCCAAAAAAAAAGAAGUAUGUUUGUUUGUGCUGUGUCUACCAACAAGCUGUUAACAGAAUACCAGAAUCCUUGUAUUCUGGUAUACAAGAAUAAACUAUACCAGCUUCAGUCCACAGCUACUAAAAAGUAAGCCUCUAUCUUUAUUUACUUUCAAAUCCGCAGCUUUGUUAGUUGAGACUGCCAGUUCAUUGAUAUUCUAAGAAGUGAUGAAUUAUGAUGAGCUUGGUUCCCGCUGAGGGUAGAGUCUUGUCUCUACCCUCACCUCCCCUUACCAAAGUUUCACCCACUUAUACCUGGCCCCCCAAAUUGGCAGGAAUACUGCAGAAUUUAGUUCUGAACAAUUUCAUGUUUCCUAAUCUAAUUUUAUUUGACUGUUUUAUAGCCUGUGAAUGUUUGUUUUGUUAUUCUGCCUGGUUUUCCUAUCCCUGCUGGGAGGGAAGGGAAGGCAAGGCAAGCAGGCAACUACUGUCACACAAAAAACUAUGUUCGCUGAGAACUUUACUAAAGUAAGAACCAUUUUUGAUGGCUCUUCUUUAGUAAGAAGUUUAACUUCCCCUUCACUUCAAACAGCCCUGAGUUUUACACCUUAAAUUUUAAAAAGUGUAUUUGCAAACUAUUCUCUCCAACAAGAGGCAGGGAAAAACCGAUAUAGGAUCAAAAUUAUCAACCUUUAGGGAAUCUAUCCUAAAACACAAGUAUGUGAGGGUAUACUUUCAGGGACAUUUUUGUAAAUACUGUAAUAGCAGAAAUUCUGAGUCUAUCUAUCAUUAUUAAAUAAUUAUGGGAAAUCCAUAAAAUGGCAUCGUAUUCAGCCAUGGCAAGGUACAUCUAUACCUAAUAGAGAAACGUGGCUAUAUCUUUUUUUUUUUGUUUUAAAUGGAGGCUACAAAUCAUAGCAUUUAUGGGGAAGUCCACUUAGGAGAUACUAUAUACAGGUGGUUGUCUUUGAGUCAUGAGAAUCCAGGUAGCUAUUACUUUUGUACCACAUUUUUAAGAGAUCAUGAAUUAUUCGUAUAAAUGUUUUUUUUUUUAA